AUGCUUGAGCCUCGGGACGGGAGCUGGACCGAGGAAUUCAAGGCGUACCUGCUCCAGGGCACCUUGCCGGAGAAGGAGGAAGAUGCAGAGCAUGUGGCCCGCCAGGACAUCGCAUACUGCAUCCAGGACGGUGAGCUCUACCGAAGGCGCCCAAACGACGUUUCCCUAUGGUGCAUCUCCAAGGAGCAGGGGUGCGAGCUGUUGGUCGACCUACAUGGUGGAGACUGCGGGCAUCACUCUUCAUCGCGCACCCUCAUGGGCAAGGCGUUCCGCAGUGGAUUAUACUGGCCCACGGCACUCAAUGAUGCCACCGAAUUGGUGAGAUCUUGUGAGACCUAUCAGUUUCAUGCCAAGCAGAUCCACAAGCCGGCUGAGGCCCUCCAGACCAUCCCGCUCUCAUGGCCGUUCGCGGUCUAG